UUUCAUGCUCCCGACAGGCCCCCCGCAGUGCAGGCUUUGUCACUGGCUUAGAGAGCCUCUUUUGCCAGGCGAGAGGCUUUGGCAACAUAUGUCACUGGAGCGACUCUCCUGUCAACCCUUGGGCGCUUGAGUAGAGGGGCGUGUUCAAGUGGGCAGGCCUGAGGUGGAGCAGGAAGAACAUGAUGUCAAAUGUGUUCGUUCAGAGGGAGGAGUUGGAACGCUCUCCUGAUAGUGCUGUCUCUGGAAUUCUAGCUUUCACCGUCAUGCACAUCAGGAUGUAGAAUGACUCAACAAUUAGUUUGCUGUGCCUUAAAAAGUCCAAGGAUUGCCAAUUGAUCUUUCUCAACGCAUAUUCCAUUACUCCUCUGUGUCCACUGACCAGCGGAGGGUGAUGAGGCAGGCAGGGAGCCUCCACUUUGUUCUGCUGCUGGCUCUGAGCACUGAGGCCACAAGCCUCAAUAUCCCCCCUGAAGUGGAGCAGCUUCCCACUAUUAUAUUUCACACGACGGGUCCCAUAGUUGCCCUUCCUUACGACAACACCGUGACAAUCAGGUGUGAAGCAAAGGGAAACCCUCCCCCAGAAUACAGAUGGACAAAAGAUGAUCUCGACUUUAUUCCUCCCCAGUCUGCAACUAUCAGAAGUGACCAACUUGCCACGGAUGGUACUUUUGUGCUUCAAAACAAAAGCCUUUCUCGAUUUCAGGGUAAAUAUCGAUGCUAUGCUUCCAACAAGCUGGGAACCGCCAUGACCGAGCCAAUUGAGCUGACAGUACCUAGUAUGCCGAAAUUUCCAAAAGAGACGAUUGAACCAAUUGUUGUUGAGGAAGGAGAACCUUUCGUCCUGCGGUGUAACCCUCCAAAAGGCGUUCCCCCAAGAAAGAUCCACUGGAUGUCCAUUGGUCUGCAGCACAUUCAGCAAGAUGAGAGGGUUUCCAUGGGCACUGACGGCAGCCUGUACUUCUCUCAUGCCUUACAGAAAGACAGUCGUCAGGACUACUGCUGCUUUGCCGACUUUCUUCGCAUUCGCACAAUUGUCCAAAAACCCGCUUUGGCUGUCGAGGUCACUCCAUGGACACCAGCGAAUAAAUUUGCUGACAGCAGACACGUCAGCCCCCCUGUGAGAACACCCAGCCUUUUGCUGCCCUCUGGUGUCCAGACAGAGAAAGUGCUGUUGAAAGGAGCUGAACUUCAGCUUGAGUGUGUGCCAGGGGGAAAUCCCACUCCGACGAUAGAAUGGAUGAAGAUGGGAGACGAGCUUACCACUCGAGCAAAAUUGGACAACUAUGGAAAAUUAUUGACCAUCGCUGCAGUAGAGGAAAGUGAUGAGGGCAAAUACAUGUGCUUGGCCAAAAACUCAGCUGGAAAGGCUUCCCACUACUUUGACGUCAUAGUAGAAGAGCCUCCAAAGUGGCUGACAGCGCCGCCUCAUAGCCAGCUGACUGUGAUCAGCUCUGAUGUGCACAUCAAGUGCUCGGUCAGCGGGAAACCACAACCAGACAUUAUGUGGAGAAAGAAUGGACACGUUUUUGAAGAUGACCCCUUGAACAACAAACGAGUGCUUGAUGACACACUGGUGCUCCACAAUGCCAUGCCAGAUGACAGUGGCGUAUACCAGUGUGAAGCAGCCAACAGACAUGGCGUUGUCCUGGCCAACAUUAACAUCAUGGUCAUGAAUAUGGCUCCUCUGAUCCUGACCGCGGACUACCUCGAGUACGCAGUGAUACGUGGCAAAGAUGUGGCCAUGAACUGUAGUGCUUUUGGCUCGCCACCUCCCACUAUGUCUUGGGCCAAAGAUGAGACUCUAGCAACCAUUGAGGGAGAAAGAUUUGUUGCCCUUCAGAAUGGGUCAUUACAAAUCUCCAGUGUCGAGAAGAACGACAGCAGCAAAUACGUCUGUGUUGCAGAUAACAGCGAGGGCAAGACAUCUAUCACGGCUGUUCUGGCAGUGAAAGACCCCACACACAUUGUCAAUGGACCUCAGGACAUGCAGGUCAUCAGUGGAACCACAGCCCAGUUGACGUGUCAAGCUAAUUAUGAUAAAAGUCUGGAGGACUCCUUUCAGUUGUCUUGGAUCAAGGAUGGAGAGAAGAUGACAUUUUCCAUCGAGGAAGAUUCCAGGUACUUUUUGGGUGAUGGCAUGCUGCAGAUUAUGAACGUGAACCUGAAUGAUGAGGGCGUAUACACAUGCAUGGCCAGAACACGUCUGGAUGAGGCCAAUGUUUCUGCAAUUCUCACGGUGCUCGAUGUUCCUGAUGCCCCGCAAAAUGUAGAGAUAAGCGAACUUGAGAAUCAGAGACAUAUUCGUUUGACUUGGGUACCUGGCAGUGAUCACAACAGUUCCAUUAUAGAAUUCGUUGUGGAGUAUGAGGAGAGCCAAUGGGAGCCAGGCAAGUGGAAAGCUCUCCACAAAAUCCCUGGUAACCAGGCAACAGCCGAGCUGGCACUCCACGGACAUCUUAAUUACCAGUUCAGAGUGUACGCAGAGAACGCUGUUGGACCUGGCCCCCCCAGUGAGCCCACUGAGCGCUACAAAACCCCCCCAGCGGUUCCUGAUAGGAACCCAGAAAACAUUAAAAUUGAAGGCCACCAACCUCAUCAAAUGGACAUCAGCUGGGAGCCACUGCUGCCUGUUGAACACAAUGGCCCAGGCCUGGAGUACAAAGUGAGCUACAGGAAACUUGCUGUGGAUGACACCUGGACAGAACACAUGAUCAAAAGACACUCCUUUGUUGUGAGGAACACGUCAACGUUCAUCCCAUAUGAGAUCAAAAUUCAGAGCAGGAACAGCCUUGGCUGGGGACCGGAGCCUAAAAUUGCUACAGGUUAUUCUGGAGAAGAUGUUCCCACCGCUGCGCCACGGGAUGUUGCGGUGGAGCUGAUUAACAUGACUGCGCUGAGAGUAAGCUGGACCCCGGUUCCGCCUGCCACAGUGAGAGGUCAUCUAAGGGGGUACCAUGUUCACUGGCUGAGGAAGCGAAGUUUCCUGAAUCCUGACAGGAUCUUGGCUGAGCGCCACACGCUGUCAUUUCCUGGGAAGAGGACUCAUGCCAUUGUGCCCAGCCUUGACGCCUUCUCAGAGUAUUCGCUCACUGUCAACGUCUUCAACAAGAAGGGAAAUGGGCCUAGUAGUGACCCAGUCACCUUCACCACUCCAGAAGGAGUUCCAGGACCAGUGCCCAUUCUGACUACCUCCAAUGCCCAGAAAGAGUCCAUCCGGCUUGUAUGGGGUCCACCACUGGUGGCAAACGGCAUCCUGACUGGCUACCUCCUACAGUACUACCUCAUUAAUGAGACCACAAAGGAGGUGCUCGAUUUCCGGGAAAUAAACAUCACAGGGCCCGACAACACCCACUGGCAGCUGGAGGGCUUAGAAGAGGGCAGCCUCUACCGCUUCCACCUCAGUGCCUGCACUCGGGUAGGGUGUGGACCUCCACUUGCGCAGGAGAGCAGCACUGUCACUCCAGCACUUCCAGGCCUGUUGAACAUAAGCUCUUACGUGAGCGACACCUAUGCCAAAAUCAGCUGGACUGCGAGGGAGGAGCAGCAGGACUCGCAGCUUUACGUGGCUUAUAUGAACAACCGUGAUGGUAACUGGCGAAUAUCCGAGGCGGUAAACACGUCUCGACGCUUCCACGUAAUUGACGGGCUCAAACCGGGGACGGUGUACACAGUGCGCCUCAUGGCCAAGACUUUGCUCGAUAACGCUAGCAUUUUCGAAGACGUUAUCCACACGCAAGUCAAAGGCGUGGCAGGCCGUCAAAGAAACAUAUCUACCAAGGGCUGGUUGAUCGGGACUAUGUGUGCUGCAGCGUUCUUCACGCUCGUUGUCCUCACCGUGUGCUUUAUGCGGAGGAACCAAGGUGGCAAGUAUGCAGGUACGCCGCCGCCUGGAAGACAAGACAUGCUCGCCAUGGACAAAGUGAAAGAGAAGGAAGACCACCCUGAUGAGGAGUCACAAGCCAUGAAUAAUGACACCUUCUGUGAAUACAGCAAACCUUCCGUUCACGAGCUUUACGAGGAUGAGCCUAGAAGACACUUUUCAACUUUCCGUCAUGAAAUUGGCUAGGUAAUCACACAGAGUAGAUGAAAUUAGUUGAACUAGGACCUAGUAAAUGUGUUGUGCUCCCUUUAGUCAGAUACAGAGCCUUUUGAAUUAGACUAAACAUAAGCUUGUGUGUAGUUUGUGUAUUGCUUGGGGCAUCCGUAGUUUGUUUAUUGCAGUGCUUACAUAUGCAUGUGUAUGUUUUUGUGCCUCUUACUUUAUGCUGCGCUAUCAUUUGAACUGAGUAUUGACAGGGACACUUCAUCUAAGCAACGCAAUGAGAUUUGAUACGAGAUACAUGUAUGAAAAAUGCAGUGGUGCUCCGACUGAUGAGCCAUGAUGCCAUGCGCAUAAUUUUAAACACAUCUUAAAUCAUUUUCCCCCAUUGGAAUCAAUGCAAAUACCAAUAAUCCUUCCAGCCCACGAAAAAUACCAUCAUUGUGGUCAUGUCCUUCAAAAAAUACAGUAUAAAAUAAUUAA